CCCAAACACACUUUAAAUUCUCAUCACACUACCACAAAACCAAAUUCUCAAAACUCAUCUAAAAUGGUGCUACAACUAUUAACACUUCCUAAUUGGAUCCCAUUGUUUACCACUUUCUUCAUCCUCCUCCUCUUCAGCCGCCGUCUCCGCUGCCGCAAAUAUAAUCUCCCACCAGGUCCAAAACCAUGGCCUAUAAUAGGAAACUUCAACCUUAUUGGAACCCUCCCACACCAAUCCCUCCACGGGCUCACCCAAAAAUAUGGACCCAUCAUGCAUUUAUGGUUCGGCUCUAAACUCGUCAUUGUCGGCUCAACCGUAGAAAUGGCAAAAGCCUUUCUCAAAACCCAUGACGCAACCUUAUCCGGCCGGCCUAAAUUAUCGGCCGGGAAAUACACAACUUAUAACUAUUCAGAUAUAGCUUGGUCUCAAUAUGGCCCAUAUUGGAUGCAAGCCCGUAAAAUAUGUCUAUUGGAAUUGUUUAGUUCGAAACAGCUCGUAUCUUACGAGUACAUAAGAAAACAAGAAUUACAAGCUUUUUUGCAUGAACUCUUUAAUUCUAAAACCAAAACAAUUUUGUUGAAAGACCAUCUUUUAGCUUUGAAUCUAAAUAUUAUAAGUAGAAUGGUCUUAGGAAAAAAGUAUCUACAAAAGACUCAAAAUGCUAUUAUUUCUUCUCAUGAGUUUAGGAAUAUGUUGGAUGAGUUUUUUUUGCUUAAUGGAAUUCUCAAUAUUGGAGAUUUUAUUCCUUGGAUUCAUUUCUUAGAUUUGCAAGGUUAUGUGAAGAGAAUGAAAGCUUUGAGUAAAAAGUUUGAUAGGUUUAUGGAACAUGUGUUGGAGGAACACAUUGAAAGAAAGAAAAAUGUUAAGGAUUAUGUUUCUAAGGAUCUGGUGGAUGUUCUUUUGCAGCUUGUUGAGGAUCCUGAUCUUGAAGUCAAAAUUGAGAGAGAUGGAGUUAAAGCUUUUACUCAGGAUUUGAUAGUAGGAGGGACACAGAGUUCAACAAUAUCAGUAGAAUGGGCAAUUUCUGAGUUAAUAAGAAAACCAGAAAUAUUCAAAAAAGCAAUAGAGGAGCUAGACAGAGUGGUAGGAAGAGAAAGAUGGGUUGAAGAGAAAGACAUGGCUAAUUUACCAUAUGUUUAUGCAAUUGUUAAAGAAACAAUGAGACUGCAUCCAGUGUCACCGAUGUUAAUACCAAGAGAAGCUAGAGAAGAUUGCAAUAUUGAUGGAUAUGAUAUUCCAAAAGGGUGUUUGAUUCUUGUUAAUACUUGGACAAUUGCAAGAGAUUCUAAUGUUUGGGAUAAUCCAUAUGAGUUUAUGCCGGAGAGGUUUCAUGGAAAGGAUAUAGAUGUAAAAGGACAUGAUUUUGAGUUGAUACCAUUUGGUGCUGGUAGAAGAAUGUGUCCUGGUUACUCUCUUGGUCUUAAAGUCAUUCAAUCAAGUUUGGCUAAUUUGUUGCAUGGAUUCAAUUGGAAAUUAAGUGGUGAUGUGAGAAAAGAGGAUUUGAAUAUGAAUGAGAUUUUUGGGCUUUCUACACCUAAGAAGAUACCAUUGGAAGUUGUUUUGGAGCCUAGACUUGCUCAUCAUCUUUACUCCCUUUGAUUGCUUUGGUUUUGUUUUUAAUAAUAUUGAGAAUAAUGGAGUUCAUGUGAGAUCAGAAGGGAGUGUGAUAUGGUGAUGAAAAAAUUUGUGUUUUGAUAAUUUGAGUUUAGUAAUAAGUGUAGUAGUAUAUCAUCUGUAACUCUAGAGUUUUGUAAUACCAAAUUAAAUUGUGUUAUGUCGUCUUUUUCUUAAAGGUAAGAUUAAUUCUCGGUUUAACAAUGAUCUUGAAAAAGAUUGUUUUUUUUUAUAUAAUGAUAAAUAAUUUUGGGUCUACAA